GUCUCAGCAUUGGUAUUCCAUACUGGGACUGGACUCGCCCUUUGACCAAACUGCCCGCCCUGGUCAGCCAGCAGGUCUUCAUUGAGAGCGACGGCACCAAGGCCAAGAAGAACGUCUGGUACCAGGGAGACAUUGAGGUCGUUGAGAACUCCAAGACGGUGAUCAGACACACCGCCAGAGCUCUCGAUGACAGACUUUUCCAGAAGGUUCCUACUAUUAAACCUUUUUACAUUACGCAUAGUACAAUAGAAAUAAUUUGAUGCAGAAAGGAAUUAUCCACUAAAUGAGUCUUUGAUUUAAUCUUGUUAAAUUCUGUGCUUGAAUAGUAACCAACCACAAUUUUAUAGUAACACAAUAAUAUUCCUUGUGUGCAAGUUAUUUUAAAUACAAUAUUUAUUGUAUGCUAUAAAUUUUGUCAUCUCAAUAAGUAGUCUAGUACUUUUAAAUGACAAUUUUGAUGUUUAUUCGUGUAAAUAAAGAUGUUUAUUCAUGUAGGCUGGGUGUCAAUUUUAUGAAAGUAAUCUCUUAUUUUUUUUCGAUGAAAGAUUUAAUUUCACGAUAGUAAUGCUUUUGUUUUGUUAUUACUUUCCCAGGUCGAACCCGGUCAGAACACAGACCUUUUCGAGCAAGUGUUGAACGCUCUUAUGUACCCAAACUACUGCCAGUUUGAGGUCCAGUUUGAGAUUGCCCACAACACCAUCCAUUACCUGGUCGGUGGACGUAACAAAUACUCCAUGUCUCACCUCGAGUACACCUCAUACGACCCCAUCUUCUUCCUUCACCACUCCAACGUCGACAAGAUCUACUCCAUCUACGAGGCCCUGCAGAAGGAAAAAGGCUACACACCUGGUAAGAAGUAACCUCAUGUCAAUAGAUCUACUAAACUUAGCAUUACCCUUCCACACAAUAUCAGGCAAAAUUGAUGGCAGCGAAAUUAAAGAGUUUGGUUUUUUUCAUUUUGAUUUCAUUCACUUAAAUUAUUUUACAUUUUGAUGAAUGAUAAGCUUAGCUUAUAUAAUUUUUUUCAACAGAUAGAAAUGCAAGAUCAAAAAUAAAAAAUAUUUAUUCCUAAACUAAAUGGAUAUUCUACUAAAAAAAUAUUUAUCUUUAUAUUUCUUUUGAGAUUUAACUAAUUUUUCUAAGUAAGCAGAUAUUUGAUCCAUAGUUUCUAAACAUGCACACAUUUGAUCCAUAGUUUCUAAAGAUGCACACAUUUGAUCCAUAAUUUCUACACAUGCAUAAAUUUGAUCCAUAGUUUUUAAAUAAGGACACAUUUGAUCCAUGUAAUGAUUAGGUCCCGGAUGCACAGGAAAAUGUGAGCUGUGUGACUUGAAACACUUCGAUGAACCGUUAGCCCCAUUCAGCUGGGAGACCAACCCCUUCGCCGUUACCAAACAGUUCAAUCUUCCCAGGGAGGCAGUAGAUGGUUCAAUCUAUGGAUACAAGUAGGCACAUCUUUUAAUUUAUAUUCAUUCUCAAGAUAAAUCCUCAUUGCUUAUGACAAUUGUUUGGAACAUUAAAAAAAAAAAAUCCCCUUAACAUUAAAAAAAAAGUCUUACAACAGACUCAUUGUAAAUAGAGAAGAAUUGUAAAGUAGUAUGAACAGUUUUUAAAAUAAAAUACGGCUAUAGAACAAAAUGUUCAUGGAAUCCAAAAUGAAACUGAAAUGAACAAGAAAUUAAACGGUUUUCUUUCUUUUUUUUCAGAUACGACAACCUUACCCUGAACGGCUAUGACUUGAACGGCAUCAAGCGAUUGCUGAAAGAGAAAUGGUCACAUGCUGCCUCAUACGCUGUUUUCCGUCUAUCUGGCAUUUCCACUUCUGCCAACGUCCGCGUUCAGGUUCGUUAAGGUCUUAGAUUUUAAAUGUUUAAAACAUACACUAUUGUCCAUCUUUAUUGUCAGAUAAAUUCAUUGAAAUAUCAUUUAGAAGUAUUAAACAUAGUUAUCAAAUAAAGUAUAUUUUGUGAAUGUCCAAAAGUAUAAAUUAGAAUGAUUUAUUCGUAUUAUUUUAAAUAUCAUUUUGCUGCCAGAUCCCAAAAGAUUCAUUUAACAUUAAAUCAUUGUUCAGGUUUGCGUUCCAUCUGAAGAUGAAGUUACUGGUACCUACUGCGAGUUCGCUGGGGAUUUCUUCGUUCUCGGUGGACCCCUCGAGAUGCCCUGGGCUUUCUCCAGACCCUACUACUUCGAAGUCACCAAGACCGUCGAGAAACUGGGUCUCGCCCUGGAUGGCAACUACCGCAUCGAGGCUGAGCUCUUCAGCGUCAACGGCACCCAGCUGCCCUCAAGCCUCCUCCCUCACCCAUUCGUCUCCUACAGACCAGCCAAGGGAACCGUUGAUAGUGAGUCUGAUUGCCUUUAAUCUCAGUUACAUUAGUUAAUAAAUGAACUUAAAAAUAGUACUGAGUCUCAUUGCAGAUUAUAUUGUUGUGAUGAUUUAGAUAAGAAUGCAUUGAAGUCUCUCAUCUAUAAACAGAAACAAAGGGAAAUAAUUCUUAACGAAUAACAACAAACCAAAUGAAAAAGUUCACAAAAAUCCAAAACUUAAAAACGUAAAUUACUGCAUGUCAAGUAAUGUAAUAACAUGUAAAUUAAAACUGAUUUAUUCUGAUCUAUACUGGUUCAUUCUAAUUUAUACUGUUUUUCCUAUUUAAGCUAUUUAAUAUUGGUUUAUUUCAAAAUAGCAACUCUCAACAAAUUAUUAAGUCAUUAUUUUAAAGCAAGAUUCUAUUAUUUUCCCAUAGUUGUUUUGUAUGUAUGUUUAACUGGUAACUUAAAUUUGACUAAACCACAUCAAACGCCUGUGUUUAGCUCCCAUUGCUCACAAUGAGGUCAACCAUGAACACGAAUACCAUGAGGGUAUCUCUGUACGUAAAGACAUUGACCGCUUGACCAAUGAGGAGAUUUACGAGCUCAGAGAAGCUCUCCAGAAAUUCCAGGUGCGUGCUUUUAUUUAUUUACAAGGUCAAUAUUCUUUUUACGUUAACACGCAAUUCUUAUUUUUAGAAAAUUCUAACCAGUAGAUUUUUAAACAAAUGAGCAAGGCUUACAAAAAAAAAAUCUGCACUUGAAUCCACUUGAUCUUUAUCUGAACGAAUCCACGUGAUCUUUAUCUAAACAAGUUCAUGGGAUCUUCAUAUAAACAAUUUCAUGUGACCUUCACCUAAGCAAAAACGUGUUAUCUUUAUAUAAACGAGUUCACGUGAUCUUCAUUCAAACAUAAAAUUCGUUUGUGCAGAAUGACAAGAGUGUUGAUGGCUACCAGGCUAUCGCUGAGUUCCACGGUGACCCUGGCAAAUGCCCCAACCCCAAUUCCAAGAACAGGAAGGCCUGCUGUAUCCACGGUAUGCCCACCUUCCCCCACUGGCACAGACUCUUGGUUGUGCAGGUAAGAAACAACGUUGGCAUGGCAACAAGACAUAAGGUAUAAUGUACAUAAAAUCAGAAGUCUCUCAUUAGGAUAACUCUUUGAAUUUUUAAAAACUUUUUUUUUAGAAGUGAAAAAAAAAAUGUUUUUUUUUUCCAUAGAAUUAGAAGGAAAAAAUAUGAGUUUAAAUGUUAAAAUUGAUUUGAUCUUUAACACACCAACGCUGGUCACAAAUUGCGCUAAGCUCAUCAUAGUACUUCAAUACAUUCACUGUGGUCAGGUUGAAGAUGCCCUACGUCGUCGUGGCUCUAACAUCGGUGUUCCAUACUGGGACUGGACCAAGCCCAGGACGUCUGUCCCUAAACUGGCCGCAGAUGAGACCUACACCGAUCCCACCACGUGAGUACUACAUUAAUUUGUAACUGAAUUAAAAUGUCAGUUUUACAAUAAAUAGUCUCUAGUGGCUAUGUUAUUUAUUGUAAUGUUAGUGUAGACCUUGUUCAGGUUGAAGCAAUAAGAAAUAAAAAUUACACUAUGGUAAAACACUGAAAACAGGCGAAGGAAACCUGUUUUGUUUCGCCUGUCAUCAAGUUUUCCUCUAGACCAUGUUUUACAUUUUCUUAUUUUUAUACUGGGUUGUCUUAAAAAUACAUGUGAACUUGUGUUAAGAUUGAAGUUAAAAAUUCAUUGAUUGUUUAAUCACAGGUUAAAGUGAAACGGUAUGAAUAGGGAAAUCAGCCAAUGUUUCCCACAGCUACAAAUGUGACAUAAUAUACGUAUUUUCUUAAUCUCAGACUUUCAGACAUUAAUUGUAUAUUGCAAACAAAACAAGCAACAGUUUCAGACAGUUAUCAUGUAAAUAUACAUAACUAAACAUUUUUGUUUACAGUAAUGAAGUAAAGAGAAAUCCUUUCCAUGACGCACCAAUCGCUUUCCUCGGUGACUCCACCAAGACAACCCGUGACGUCUCUAGCUCACUGAGCGACAGUCCAAAAUGGGGAGACCACACCGAGCUGUUUGACGCCUUCCUUCUCGCCCUUGAACAAGACAACUUUUGCGACUUUGAGGUUAGCAAAGGAUUAAUUAAUAAGCCGUCUAAAAUGAUUUAAAAUCUGUAAUGUAAGAGAGAAUUCAAAGGCGUAUAUUUAAUGUUAUAGGGAAUGCAAAGGCAUAUAUGUAAUGUUAUAGAGAAUUGAAAGCCGUAUAUGUAAUGUUAUAGAGAAAUCAAAGGUGUAUAUAAAUAAAUAUGGAAAUGUAAAUUUCAAGUAAAAUGAAUUAAAAUUAAGUAACUUGUAUAAAAAAUGUCAUUAAAAAAAGAAUGCAUAGUCCUAACUUGUUUUUUCUUCCAAUUAUUUAUUUAAGUUAAUUUUUUUAAAGAAGCAUCAUAAAAAAAAAAUGUUUUAAAAAUAAUAAAACUGUAUAUUAAUUACUCGUCUAUAUUUUCUUCCGUCCCAUAGGUUCAGUUUGAGGUCGCCCACAAUUUGAUCCACGCACUCGUUGGAGGCAAAGAGCAGUACAGCUUGGCCACCUUGUCCUACAGUGCUUUUGAUCCAAUCUUCUACCUUCACCACAGCAACGUCGACAGGAUCUGGGCCAUCUGGACAGCUCUUCAGGAACUCAGGUAGUAAUAUGGUCUGCCUGGCAAGGACUGCUAAGGCAAGUGUUACCAACUUGUAUGUGCCGGCUAUUUUUCCGUCCAAGAAGAAUUGAACACUCGACUUGUUAUUCCUUUUUGUUUUUCUGUUGCAAGCUCUGGCAGGGACUUACCUAAAAAAAUAUUUUGUGUAGAUUAAUAUCUUUCAAUUGAUAUCUGUAUUAUUUACCAAAAACCAGUGGAUGAGCUAAGCUUAGUGCCGCCGAAGAGGGCAAAGAUUUUUGCCUCUUCCAAUGGCAAUGUCUUAUAACAUAAACAUAAACCAGAAACCUAUCAACUUAAUAAUUUAUUAUAAAAUAUUUUUUAACUUUAAAGAACAGGAAAAUAAGUAAAAGAAAAUGUUAAAAUAGUGUCAUAUUGAGAUAUUCACUUUACCAUUGCACACAUAAAAAUAACAGAUUUUAGCUAAGAAAAGCAUAAUAUAAAAGUAAAUGACCGGAGUUCACCUUAAAAGACGUAAACCCAGUGACCUAUACAUAUAACAGUUGCAUUGAAAUUAACCUUGACCUUUGACCUACCCCAACAGAGGCAAGCCUUACAAGGCUCAUUGUGCCCAGUCCUACACCUACGAGCCGCUUAAGCCCUUUGCCUUCUCCUCCCCUUACAACAACGACCAGAAGACCUUCACACACGCCGUGCCCAGGAACGUCUACGACUACGAGACCGAGCUCAACUACGCCUACGACUCCCUCGAGUUCGGCGGCCUGACCAUCAAGCAGCUCAACGAUUACAUCAACAACGAGCGUAAGACCAAGAACCGCGUUUUCGCUGGCGUCCUUCUCUGGGGCAUCAAGAGAUCCGGUGAGUUAAGCCAAUGGCAGUUUGUAUCUUUUAAUAUACCCGUAUGUAUAAGUUGUAUGGGCAUUUGUUUGUAUGUUUUUCUAUAUCUCUAUUUAUAUCGCAUUCGUACCCUUUCGUGUACCAUUGUGUAUUCAAAAAUGCUGUCUCGUUGAAUUGCUUCCUUUAAUAACACUUGACACAUUUUAGAUCCUGUAUUUUAAAACUCUUGGAAUUAUUUAAAAAAACUUCUUUUUUUUUCCUUUACAGCUUUGGCCACACUUUACGUCAAUGACGUUGAAGCCGGACGUUUCGCUUUGUUGGGUGGACCCUCUGAGAUGGAGUGGCGAUUUGACCGUCUCUACAGGUAAUAAGUUACCUGAUUUUGGAGAAUUCACUUCACAUUUUAUAAUUUAUUAAAAAAAUUUUUUUUAAAACAAUAUAUAACAUUUUAUUUUUCAAUGAAUUACAAUCCUGCUAACUUAAACACAAUCCUGUGAAACACAAUCCUGUGAAACACGAUCCUUAAAAUUUUCGUAGUUUCGAUUUUAUGGCCAUUACUAAAUGGAGGAGUUUUACUUGUUUCAGUUACAUGUUUCAGUGAUAUUCUCAAAGCAUUAGUCAGAAGUAGUUUCUAAACUAGAAAUACAAACAUAAAUUUUAAAAUAUUUUAAGCAAUCAUUAAAGCAGGAAGAUUAAGCAAUGAUUUCUUGUCGUGUUUCCACAAGGCACGAGAUUACCGACACCCUUGAGGAGCUGAACCUUCACUGGGCCCAGCCAUACACCGUCACCCUGAAGCUCACAGAUUUCGAGGGACACGAUAUUCCCAUCAACCCAUUCCCCAAGCCGCAGAUCAUCUUCAAGGCCAAAGAAGGUUGGUUUUAUUGCAACCAAGUCCUAAGAAUUUAAUUAUUGUCUGUCCACGUUAUCCAGCCACAAACAGAAAUGAAAUUAAAAGAGUCGAACAAAAAAAUGUACAACCCACUUACAAUGAGAAGAGUUCUAUUGAUAUAACUCUUUAAUUCAUUCAAGAUAAAGUUUGUAAAGACCUCAUAGUAAACAAUAAAAAAUCGGCCAAGGAAAUUUUAAAAUAUUUACAUUAAUUUGUUUUCCUUUUUAUGGCGAUUUAUUCAUUUAUGCAAAUGAAUAAUUGCAAAAACAAAACUCUGAAUAUCAGAGCUAUGAAAAAAAUCUUAUUGUAUUACAGGCAUAAAAUAAAUAAGACAUUUUAAUUAAUUUCAGUAUAUCUUUUUCUACGAGAAUUUUAAUAUUAAGAAAGAAAUAUAAACAUCUCACCUUGAUUCCAUGGGCAUUCAUAUGGCUGAUCCUGAUUUCAUGGGCAUUCAUAUGGCUGAUCCUGAUUUCAUGGGCAUUCAUAGGGCUGAUCCUGAUUUCAUGGGCAUUCAUAUGGCUGAUCCUGAUUUCAUGGGCAUUCAUAUGGCUGAUCCUGAUUUCAUGGGCAUUCAUAUGGCUGAUCCUGAUUUCAUGGGCAUUCAUAUGGCUGAUCCUGAUUUCAUGGGCAUUCAUAGGGCUGAUCCUAAUUUCAUGAACAUUCUAAUUUCUCACCCUGAUUUCAUGAACAUUCUAAUUUCUCACCCUGAUUUCAUGAACAGAGCCCAAGGACGUCUCUGCUGACACCAUCAAAAUCCGUAAAAAUGUUGCAACCUUGACCGAGGCUGAAGUAGUCGAUCUCCGCCAAGCUUUGGCCAAUCUUCAAAAUGACCAGUCAGCUGGAGGUUACCAGGUAAAUGUCUCAUUUCGUGUUUGUAAUUUAAAGUUAAAGCCUGUCUUCAUUGUUUUCAUGCGUGCAAAAUAGAAUGGUUGAAAUAAUGAAAUUUAUGAUUGGAAAAAAAAGAGACCACCCCCCCCCCCCCCAGUAUUUACAAUACAAUACGCAAAACAAAGGAAACUAUCCGUGGUAAUAAGAGAAUCCUUUUUCAAAAUUUACGUCGACCUUAUUCCCACCAGGAUCUUGGACGCUUCCACGGCACACCCAACUGGUGCCCCACCCCCGAUGCUGAGGUAAAGAAAUCCUGCUGCCUUCACGGCAUGCCCACUUUUCCGCACUGGCACAGGUAAGACACAUUUACCUGGCAAUAUUGUUUUUGGGCCAUUCAUCUUUGUUUGCGUCAUAAUCGUGCAACACAAAAGUACUUCUUGUAUUAAAAUAUUUCUUACAUUCUAGAUUUUAAAGAAAACAAAAAAAACUUCCAGGUAAAAACAAUACUUUCUAGAUUUGAAAAACUAAAAAUUUAUACACGACUCUCAAAUAUAGAACCUUCAUGUCUCACGCUAAACCACCUUAUUAAACAGUCAAACUUUUUUUUUUUUCUCUAAAGACUUUGGACCGUCCAGGCUGAAAACGCCCUACGUCGUCAUGGCUACGUUGGUGCUAUUCCUUACUGGGACUGGACCCAGCCAGUAAAGUCUCUCCCAGACCUCGUCACCUCUGAGAAAUACCGGGACCCUAGCAGCAACAAUGAAAUUAAGAACCCAUUCUACAGGUAAUUACAAUUCAAUAAUGCUAUGAAAGAAUAGAAAAAUCAAUUUUGAAUGAAGGCGUAUAGUGAAAGGUGUUAAUUUAUUCUGUAAGAUUUUAACUUAGUGACUUUUUUUCAGUACUAAAAGCUUAAAACUGUUUGCUUUAAAGAUGCCAUCUCUUUGCAUCGUUAGCGCUCACAUCACUGACGCUGACCAAGACACUGUCAGGUCACCCAGAGAUGACCUCUUCGAACAGCCCAAGUUUGGACAAAACACAGCUAUUGCCAAGCAGGUAAGAAUGUUACAUGAUGUUUCAAGUAUUGUUAGAAACGUGGCCUUUAACUUAGAGAUGAUUUUCUCAUUCAGAUGAGACAUAAACUGAGAUAUGUUGAAACUUUAGUAAUGUAUAACAGUGAUUCUUAAACUCAAACCUUUAGUAGGGCUACUUAAACACAAAUCAAGUCGGACAAGGAAUAAUUGAACACACUCACCAUUGUAUAGUAUUUGAUAAUUAUUAUUACAAGUUCUUAAUUGGAAUAGUUUAAAAUCAUAUUUAUGUUUUACUAUCUUUAAAAUAAAAUAUAAUGAAAUAAACGUUAGUCAUCCUGCAUGAAUGUGUAAUAAUUUUAAAAACCUAUUUGCCAGGUUCUCCUCGCCCUGGAACAAGACAAUUUCUGCGACUUUGAGGUUCAGUUUGAGAUUGCCCACAACUUUAUCCACGCCCUUGUCGGUGGCAACGAGCAGUUCUCCAUGGCAUCCCUCCUGUACACCGCCUUCGAUCCCUUGUUUUACCUGCACCACGCCAACACCGACAGACUCUGGGCCAUCUGGCAGGUAAGUGCACUUGAAACAACGGUCAUUUUCAUUUUAACUUGGCUUUUCGGGAUACUAUAUCAUUUAUUUUGUUCUAAAAGCGUUAAUAGGCUGAGCUUUCUAUCUCAUGUUUUAAGAAGCGAUAACUCUUGAAUGAACAGAACAUGAUCUAAAACAGUCAAACAGAAUGAUAUCCCUUAGUUACUAAAUAUAACCUGCUGGUAAAAGAAAUCAUAAUUAUCUAAUGCCAGGUGCAGCACAAACUACACGGAUCUCUGCACAUUUUAUCAUUAAAAUUUACCAGCAGAUUAAUGUUUUCAUUUAACUAAGCAGCCAACCUGGUCUAAUCGUGACAGAUGUAUUCUUAAGGGAACUCUAUACGUUGCAGUACAUUUUAACAUGCCUUCAAAGUUGUGUCUUAGACCAAAGAAAAAUAACUUUUAUUAAAAAUAUGGGAUAUUUAUGGAGUGUAAACAAGUUAUGCUUUACAAAAAAUAAAUUUGAUAAUUACACAUUUUUUCUGUUGAUAUUUCAAAGAUUAUUUAGUAUGGAUAAUUUUAAUUUGUUUCUCCUCUUCCAAAACAAUAAAAACAACAACAGGCUCUUCAGAAGUACCGCAACAAGCCUUACAACACUGCCAACUGUGCCAUUGGACAACUGCGUAAACCCUUGUCACCAUUCAGCUUAACCUCUUCCGUUAACCCCGAUGCCAAUACCCGUGAGCACUCACUGCCCUUCCAGGUGAGUUUGACGUUAGGAUUGCAACACACCAAUUAUUGAAGUACUCAACAGUAUGUAUUAUUCUCGGUGUGACCAUCAUUAAAGAGAUUUAUAUAAAGGCAUGCAUAAACUUUUACAGUGAAUAGUUUCAUCGUUCUAACCUGUAAAUGCCUUUUUAGGUAUUCGACUACCGCAAUAACUUCCACUACGAGUACGAUAACUUGGAGUUCAAUGGACUCAGCAUCCCACAGCUGGCCAAGGAGCUGGAGAAGAACAAGGGAGAUGACCGCGUCUUCGUUGGGUUCAUGCUUCACGGUAUUAAGAGAUCAGCCCUCAUCAAAUUCCAGAUACACAAGUACGCACCAUGAUUAAGAUUAUUUCUAUUCUCAAGAUCCAAAAUAAUGCAAUGAUAAUAUUGAAUUGUUUGAAAAGCAAGUUGAUUAAAUGCCUUCAGUUUAAAAAAAAAUGUUUUGACGGAAACUUGAAUAUCUGACAGGAAGUAAGUUAUUUAUUAAAUAUAUAUUUUUGAUUUUAAAGAAAAUAAAAACUUGAGCAUUUAUCGAAAGAAACUAUCUUUUUAGGUUAACACGCAAAACAGAAAGCUGAUUCAUGUUUCAGAAAUCAUAAUAAUUUCAAGGUCCAUUCCAUCAGUCUGAAAUAAAAUAUUAUAAUUUUUUCUCUAAUCCACGGAAUCUAAAAAUUAAUUUCAAUCUCUUGUAAACGUAUCUUAAAUUAAAUUUGAUUUUCUUACAAACCAGGAACGAUACUGAGUUCAAAGAAGCUGGAGAGUUCUACAUCCUGGGUGAUGAGAACGAGAUGGAGUGGUCCUACGAUCGCCUGUACAAAUACGAGGUCACCCAACAACUGGAAGAUUUCGGCCUCCGCUACAACGACCGCUACUACAUCAAAUACCAGGUGCUCGACUUGGACGGCUCCAUCUACAGCACUGACACCUUCUCCACACCGACCGUGCUCUUUGAACUGGGAACAAGUGAGUACACCACAAGAAACCAAAACCACUCAAAACAUUAAAAAUAAUUACAUUAUCAAAGAAUAAUAAAUGAAGAAAUGCAUUCAAGAUGGGUGAAGAAAAUAGUAGAACAAAGUGUGUGGAAGCUUGAAUCCAAAGACAGGACAAUAAGAUAAGAACGUUUCGGCAAAGAGCCUUCCACAGCAGACAGGAUAAAUAUACUUCUUGUAAACUUGGUUUUGGACAAUCCAACUUCUGGCAACAAAAAUGGCGAUCACUUAAGUUUUUUACCUAGUUUCUAAUUCUUGUAUUUUCAUUUGUUCUCAAAAGUUUUUAUAAUUUACAUAAAGUCUACUUGAUUUCAAUGAUUUCAUGGGUUCCCUGAUGGAUGUUUCUAGAUCUCGGAGCUAAACUUUAUUUCCUCACUAUGUUCCAGGCAAUCUGUACGGCAAAGAAUUCCGUGCCGUUUCCACAGCUGCAUCCCAAAUCCGUCGCAACCUGGACUCACUGUCCCAGGGUGAGAUUGAAAGUCUCCGCGCAGCAUUCCUGUCCAUCAAAGAGGACGGAACCUACGAGAAGAUCGCCUCUUUCCACGGCAAGCCCGGUAAAUGCAAGGACAGCGCCGGCCGUACUGUUGCCUGCUGUGUCCACGGCAUGCCAACCUUCCCUGCCUGGCACAGACUCUACGUGGAACAGGUACAUUUUUUGGCGUUGAUAUGUAGGUCAUUAAAUCGUUACUUGUUUUAAUUAGUAAAUAAAACUCUAGUCAACACGUAACGAACAUUCCAUCCCUUGCUAGAGAGCUGUUAAAACUAUAUUGGCUAAUGAUGUGACAUUACUCAUCACCAGGUCGAGGAAGCCCUUCUUGGUCGUGGUUCAUCAGUCGCUGUACCUUACUGGGACUGGACCACAGCUUUCACCAAAUUGCCAGACCUCAUCAACCAGGCCACUUACUUCAACUCACGUCAACAGAGGUUUGAGCCAAAUCCUUUCUUCAGUGGUUCUAUCGCUGGUGAGGGAGCUGUCACCACAAGGUAAUCACCCUUCCUCUUUUAAAUAAACACUUUUGUCACAUUAACAGUGUUCAGUAAUAUUUUAGCUGAAUUUGUUUACAUUUGUAUUUUUUUAUAUUUUAAAUAUCAAGUGUUUUUUUAUUUACUGAUGACAAAUGAUAUAAUGAAGUUAAAACUUUUCAGUGGUGUGCUAAUAAGCAAAUAAUAAAUGGUAAACAGAAAUGAAAUGGCCGAUUGGCAAAGUUAAUGAUUCCUGAUUAUGAUACGAAUGAUGUGAUCGCUAUAAUUUCCAACACUGUCUGUCACCAGGGAUCCCCAGCCUGAACUCUUCAACAACGACGAUUUGUACGAGCAGGUCCUCUACGCUCUAGAACAGGACCACUUCUGUGACUUUGAGAUCCAGUUUGAGAUCAUCCACAACGCCCUCCACUCCCUGCUUGGAGGCCGUGCCCAAUACUCUCUGUCGUCCCUGGACUACUCAGCUUUUGACCCUGUAUUUUUCCUCCACCAUGCCAAUACUGACAGGUUUGUUGGGAACUUUUUACUUAAAAUAGUCAAUAAAAUUACAAUAAAAAAAUUCAAAACUCUAUUGAACAACAAAAUUCCAAACAAUGUUAAUUGAAUAAAUAUCUACUAUGUCUUUGAAAUGUCUUGGAAUCAAAGAUCUCUUUUAAAUAAAUCAAUUUUUAUAGUAAGAAAAGAAAUGUAAUGAAAGUAUUUGAGAGUGUUCAUGAAACGAAUAUGUAACAUAAAAAAAUAUUUAAGAUCACCAAAUUAAAAAUGAAUUGUCCACCUUUGCUUCAGGAUCUGGGCCAUCUGGCAAGAGCUCCAACGUUACCGAGGACUCAAAUACAACGAAGCCGACUGUGCCAUUAACCAGAUGAGGACACCAUUGAGGCCAUUCAACGAUGAUCAACUCAACCAUGGUGACCUGACCCACAGAUACAGGUAAAUGGAACAUGAAGACACUUAUGAAUAUAUUUGCCCACUUCCUUGGUAUUGGUCAGUUAUAAAUGGAACAGUUAAAACAUAAAUAUUGAUUUUGAUAAGUGAUUUCUAAUGUUUUUCUUGGAUAAUGAUUCAAUGGUGUAUUUGAGUUUGUUAAAUUCUCACAUUUAGUUCAUGAACACCAAGGCUGUGAAAUUGGGUUGGUUCUAUUUUUGUCAUGAACUCCUUAAGGAUUUAUGUUAGAUAAUUUUUUUCGUAUGCAUUCUCUGAUGUAAAUUGAUUAAAUAUCGUUUUAACAAAGAUUUGUUUAGUAAGUCUCUUUAAAUAAAUGGUAUUAUCAAGACAUGGAUAACUAGAAUAUUGCAUGUGGGGCUAAAAAAACAUUUUGUCAUUUAAAAAUUUUUUUUCAUAGCCGCCCAGCUGACACUUUUGAUUACCGCAACCAUUUCCACUACGAGUACGAUACCCUGGAGUUCAACCACAUGACCGUCCCUCAGUUGGAGGCUCUGCUCAAGAAACGCAAAGAGUCUGGCCGUGUCUUCGCUGGAUUCCUCCUGCACAACAUCGGUCUGUCUGCCGUGGCCAACAUCUACGUGUGCGUCCCAAGUGGACCCAGGGGCAAGAAGAGCUGCAACCACCCGGUAGGUGAUCCGAACAUCAAGUCUCAUGAGUACAAGAUGUUCGCAUAUAAAGCGCCAUUAAUACUUUGUGGUCCACAUUUAAAGGAAGAAGACAUCUUUGAUUUCAUAAUUUUUUCCAUUAUAGCUUUUUUAAAAUAAACAAUUUUAACAUGUUUUUAUUGUAGCCGUGAAAGUGAUUAAUAGGAUUCUUUUUGUUCGUAGCUAAAAGAAUAUUGGAAAAACUUUUAGCCUAAUAAAUAAAUUUUGGAAAACAAAGCUCAAUAUAGCCCAGAAUAUUAUCAUACAUUUCUCAUUGUAUCCUCCCCUCUCUUUUGCUUAGUUGCCAAGAAUUAGAAACGCUUGCAAUAUUCCAUCUGCUCAUUUUGGCUUUUGAAAAUAUGGAUAUUGCAUAAAGUACGUCAUUUAACUAAUCUUUGUUAGAGAGUUGUUUUGUAUUUUUUGCUUCUAUAUUUUACAUUAUUUUAUCAUUUGACAUUGUGCUCCAACAGGCCGGCUCCUUCUCCAUCCUUGGAGGUGAACUUGAAAUGCCCUUCGUGUUUGAUCGCCUGUACAAGUACGACAUCACAAAGACCGUCCGUGACCUUGGCCUCAAGCUCGACAAUGCCGCCAACUUUGAACUCAGGGUUGACAUCAAGGCCGUCAACGGAAGCCUUCUGGACUCUGACAUCCUUCCCAAGCCCACGAUUUUAUUUGAGCCUGGAACAGGUAAGUCUGAGGACCUGUUGAGAUGACAUUUUUUAUUUUUGUGUUAACAAAAUCGUAAAGAAAAAAUACAAAAUGACAACCACAGGUGUAAAUGUUUUUUUUGGGGAUUAUGCUAUUGUCACAUAAAUUUACAAUGAGAAUGCAAUUUUAUAAUAUAUUUUAAAAAAAACAGAAAAAAAAUCUAAAAAUGAUUUGUUGAAAAGAUUUAUCUUUUAAGAUGGUUUUGUGAAAACUGCUUUUCUGUAAGCACUCUUGGUCUUUAUAUUGAGGGGGAGAAAAGACUUAUCUAAAUGAGUUAUAUAAAAAUCCCUCUAUAACUAAAUUUCCUAUUAUUAAAGAGUAGGCAUCGCACAAUUCAAAUUCACAUCCCAGAAUCUAUCUUUCAGUUACAUUUCAUUCCUUUUUUUUUACAAGGCGAAAGACAGAAGUCUUCUGGUGAGGUAACCAACUACCUGGUGAGGAAGGAGAUCAACUCUCUGAGUCCACGUGAAGUCCAGUCCCUGUACAGCGCCAUGGAAGCCCUCCAGGCUGACAGCUCAGCCGACGGCUGGCAAUCCAUUGCCUCUUUCCACGCUAUCCCUCCACUUUGCCCGAGCCCAAGUGCCGAAAACAGGUUUGUAAUUUUUUAAAGCAUUUUGGGAUUUGAUUUAAUUGGAACCUCUUUUCUUGACAAAUGGAAGUCUCUACAUUUGAUCAAAUCAAAUAAUUGUAUGUGACUUUCUAUGUCCAUUGGAAGCUAAAUUAGCAAUAAAAAACAGUAAGACGUGAUAAAAUAUAUUAAGGAUAAUAUAAUUGGGACUUAGUUCAAGCAGUCUGAAGUAAAUAAAUAGUGCAACAUGAUACGUUUUGGAUUUGGAAAAAAAGAGAAAAAAAAAGAAAAGAAUGUUUGGCAAAAUGUCUUCUUCAGCAGACAAUAGAAAACUAGAAAAACAGCCCUUCAAUUAAAGAAAAACAAAAUCACCUUGAUGUGAUAAGUUAUUUCAAGCUUGCUUAAAAGUUCGUUUAAUCUAUAUUUAAAGCCUUGUGAUAAUGCUAAAUUUAAAGCCUCAUGAUAAUGCUAUAUUUAAAGCAUUCUGAUAAUUCUAUAUUGAAAGCCUCAUGAUAAUGCUAUAUUGAAAGCCUCAUGACAAUGCUAUAUAUUAAAGCCUCGUGAUAAUGCUAUAUUUAAAGCCUCGUGACAAUGCUAUAUUUAAAGCCUCAUGAUAAUGCUAUAUUGAAAGUCUCGUGAUAAUGCUAUAUUUAAAGCCUUAUGACCUCAUGAUAAUGCUAUAUUUUAAAAAAUCCUCAUAACAAAUAAUACCAUACCAAAAUAUAUUAUCUGAAACUUUAUAGAAAAAAGAGUUACCGUAAUGUUUCUUUCCUUCCAAAGGUACGCUUGCUGUCUGCACGGCAUGGCCACCUUCCCACAAUGGCAUCGUCUCUACACAGUCCAGGUCGAGGACGCCCUCAAGCGUCACGGCGCCCUGGUCGGUAUUCCCUACUGGGACUGGUCACGCGUCAGCGACUCUCUGCCCCACUUCAUCGAUGACGAGAACUUCGUGGAUCCCGUCACCGGUGAUCAGAAAGCCAAUCCAUGGAAGAAAGCCAGGAUUGAGUUCGAGAACUCAGAGACUGAGAGAGAAGUCGUUGUGAGUCCUUCAUAAAUAAUUUCUUUUUAUAAGAAAAGUAAUUAAUUUUUUAAUUAUCAAUGAAUCUGUAUGCAUUAAAAGAAAAAAUUUUUAAAAAAUUUAUUUAUAUAAAUAUACUUAAAUACAUGUUAUUAUUUUACAGCUCAGAACUUGUUAGCAGUUUAAGGAAGGAUGUGAAGAAAGAAAAAUCGAUGCUUAUCUUUCGUUUUGUUUUACUCAAAGUUUUAAAUAUUUCUUUCCAAUAUGUCAUGUUAACUUUAAUAAGAAAUUAUCACUUUAGCACCGUUGUAUUUCAAAUUUAACUACGAUUUUUUUAAUUUCCUGACAAAUUACAUAUGGAUUUUCAACAAAAAUUACAAAUAUUUGAAUAACAUAUUUUAUGUUUAGAGCAAUAUUUUUAAGAAUUUAUUAAGAAUUAAAAACUCAGUCUUACAAAGUAUGUACCCAAAAACAAUGUUUCCCACAUUUAUUGUAAUAGGUACCUGUGGGUCAAAGAAUGAUUUAUAUCAAAAAAAUAGUUAUCGCAUUAUGCAAUGAAGGCUUAGAUAGUCUUGUUGCAAGUACUCAUAUUUAUCUAUGUAUAUCCAUGAAAUAAAUGCAUCCUCCACAGUCUGACAGACUGUUUAAGCGUGGUCCACACGGAUGGGAUACGUGGCUGUUCAACCAGGCUCUGCUGGCCCUGGAGCAGGAAGACUACUGCAACUUUGAGAUCCAGUUUGAGAUCACCCACAACGCCAUCCACUCCUGGGUCGGCGGCUCCAAAGAGCACUCCCUUGGACACCUCCACUACGCCUCAUACGACCCUGCCUUCUUCGUCCACCACUCCAACACUGACAGACUCUGGGCAGUCUGGCAAGCUCUUCAGAAAUACAGAGGUUAUGACCCCAACGAGGCCAACUGUGCUUUGGAGCAGAUGAAGGUAGAUCGAGGGCUCUAACAAGAAUAUAUAAAUUUUACUUUAAAAGUGUAUGGAGAAAAUGUGCCAAUAAUUAUCCAUAUAUUUUGUGUGUUCAAAACCAACUUUUCUGUAAAAACAAAAAUUGUCAGUUUACACAAAUCAUCACAUUAUUUUAUUUAGGAUCCAUUGAAGCCAUUCAGUUUUGGACCCCCCUACAAUCUUAACCCUCUGACCAAAGAGCACUCUCGCCCCGAGGACACCUUCAACUACGCCGACCACUUCCAUUACCGCUACGACAACCUGGAGUUUGUUGGACUCAGCAUUCCCCAGCUGGACGCCUUCAUUAAGGAGAGACAUGAGCAUGAUAGAGUCUUUGCUGGUGAGUACAUGAGUAGGACAUAGUCUUUGCUGGUGAGUAAAUGAGUAUGAUAGAGUCUUUGCUAGUGAGUAAAUGAGUAUAACGAAGUCUUUGCUGGAGAGUACAUGAGUAGGACAUAGUCUUUGCUGAUGAGUAAAUGAGUAUGAUAGAGUCUUUGCUAGUGAGUAAAUGAGUAUAACGUAGUCUUUGCUGGAGAGUACAUGAGUAGGACAUAGUCUUUGCUGAUGAGUAAAUGAGUAUGAUAGAGUCUUUGCUGGUGACUGCAUGAGUAUGACAUAGUCUUUUCUGGUGAGUCAAUGAGCAUGAUAGAUUCUUUGCUGGUGAGUAUGUGAGUAUGACAGAGUCUUUGAUGGGGGGUACAGGAGCAUGAUACUGUUUUUUAAGGGUUGAUGGUGAGUAUAUGAGUAUGAUAGAGUCUUUGCUGGUGAGUAUAAGAGUGUGAUUGUUUUUGCUGGUGAGUACAGGAGUAUACAAGUAGUAGUGUAAACCAAAGCAUAGAGCGGGGCGUAAUGUUUGAAAGAAUGAAUGUAUAGAGUCAUAGGGAAUAAUGUACUUAAAGGGCAUAGAAAAGGACACAACUAAUUAUUUAGGCUUAGAUAACAAUUUCUGACCAUAUAAUUGACUUUCUUCCGUGAAGUUUCAUUUUUACCAGCAGUUUAGAACUUAAAUCAAAACUAUCAGUUUAUUUACCCUAAAAUUAAAGUCUAAUGGAAUUUAGAUGUGAUCAAGUUAAAUUAAUACAGUCAGACGUAACACAAUCACAGUGCAUCAACCGUAAGACAUAGCACAAUCACAGUGCAUCAACCGUAAGACAUAGCACAAUAACAGUGCAUCAACAGUCAGACAUACCGGUAGCAAAAUCGCAAUCACAGUCACAAUCAACUCUGGCUAUAUGAUUUCGUUGAACUGCAGAAAAUGUUAAAACUUCUUCGUUCAUUAUUGAGUAUCAAUAUUAACUUAUAAAAAAAAGGCAAAAGAUGGCAACUGAGAAGAGAAAUAUUUAUCUCAUUGUUUAUCAAUUACACAAUGUUUUUAAAUUAAAUUUAUGUCAAGUACAUUUUACUUUAAAAAAUAUCUCCAGGUUUCCUGCUCAAGGGAUUCAAGAAAUCAGCUUUGGUUGACUUUGACAUCUGCGCCAAUGGCAACUGUUUCCCAGGUGGCUACUUCACCGUCCUCGGUGGAUCUGCUGAGAUGCCAUGGCAAUUUGACAGACUCUUUAAAUAUGAGAUCACUGAUCAGGUAUGUAGUUGAUUUAAAUAGAUCACUGAUCAGACAUGUACCUCGUUUAAAUAUGCGAUCAAUGAUCAGGUAUGUACUUGGUUUAAAAAUGAGAUUACUGAUCAGGCAUGUAGUAGGUUUAAAUAUUAAUUGUUCGAGAACGGCCCCCUUUCAACCACUAAAAAUUGUAAUAACAAUCUAAAAUUCACACCAGCGCUAAAAUUCACACCAGCGGUUUCAUGUGUCAACAAUGAAUCAAAUACAGGUUUAGGGAGUUAAAAUUUGACAUGCAAAUGAUGGAGGAUUUUUAUAAAAUGUUAUACAAUGUAAUCCAUUAGGUAGUGUUCCUAAUGCUUAAAAGCAUCAGCUAAUUGUAUAAAUAUGAGUUAACAAGGGAUAUUAUUUUAACCUAAAAAUGCUAAAUAAAAAAAUAAUUGUGAACAUUAGAUCCAAUGUGACUCAUAAUAUUGGAUUUAAACAUUUUUUCUCAAGACAUAAUAAAAUCGCUUAUUUUUCACAAAUGAUAUGACGCAACAGAAACAAACUGUCAUCAAUUUUUAAAGUUACAACUACGUGUUCAUCUGUAUGGUGUUUACACGACCGUGCCUUAAUAUUCAAAAUAUUUUUUUGAAAAUGUAUUAUCUUCUACUUACCUUGUUGAACGAUUUCCUAAUUUUCUACCAACAAGCUGCUGGAAAUAUAAAUUACGUUCAUGAUAUAUCUGUUUUUUUCUUGCCUUUCAUGAUAUAUCUGUGUUUUUCUUGCUGCGCAGCUGAACGAACAUAAGCUGAGAUUUGACGACGAGUACACCUUCCAGAUUAAAAUCCGUGCCCCAGACGGCACCGAAUUGAGCAGUGAUUUGAUUGGUACCCCCAGUGUAAUUUUGGAACCCUUUAAACGUAUGUCCAGGUGCAGAUUGUGCGCCUUCUUAAAAGACUGUAUUUACUGUUUGAUAAAAUUGUGAAGGAUUACAAAAAAUGUUUAAAAUGUUCAAUCCAUUCAAAAAAAUGUUUGUUAAGAUAAAAUUUCAUUAGGCUUUUAAGAAAUAUCCUGCAUGGAUACAAAUCUGUGGCACAUUUACAUACAAAAGAAUUCAUUUAAGAUUUUUAAAAGAAGUGAUUGCCAUUGACAAAAAUAAAUAAACUCAACAGUAACGCGGUCAACAAAAGCCAUAGUCUUACAGUGAAACAUACCAAAUGUAUGGCAUGAACUCUUGAACGUUCUAAUUUUAGAAAGGAAACGAUAACUUCUUUUCAGGUGAUUACGACCUUGAAAAGGUCACCCCCAACUUUGUGCGUCACGAUCUAUCGACACUCACCGAACGUGACCUUCAGGGACUGAAAUCCGCCCUACGUGACCUUCAGCUGGACGAGAGUGCCGAUGGCUGGGCCAGUCUCGCCUCAUUCCACGGUGCCCCCAGCAUGUGUGAGAAUGAAAGUGGUGCCAAGGUCGCCUGCUGCAUUCACGGCAUGCCCACCUUUCCCCACUGGCACAGGUUGUUCACCGUACAGGUAAACUUUCACACCAUGAACCAGUGUUGUUAUAUAUCACAAAUAUAUUUCCUUCUUCACUCAAAUAUGGCAAAAAAAUCAAUAAAAUAAAAAAUUAAUAAUUAAAAAUACAAUGAAAGAAUCAAGUUUUUUUUUUCAUUUGAUUUAAAGCUUUGUGCCAUACCGUGUUAUAUUGGCUUCUUUAAUGUAUAGUAGAUUUAAGCUACUCAAAAAUUAUUUUAUGUUUAUUUAGAAACUAGGAAUAUAUAAAUAUAUUUCUGAAAUUAAUUGUUUACAUAAUUUUCUUCAAUAUUCUUUUUCAUUGUGUGCACCGAUCUAUGAAUGUAAUAGAUUGGCAUUCUUUCCUUUAAACUUAGGUUGAGCGUGCCCUCCAGAGGCACGGUAGUGCCGUUGCCAUUCCAUACUGGGACUGGACCAAACCAAUCACCGCCCUGCCAGAGAUCUUCACCAAGGAGGACUUCUAUGAUGCCUGGAGAGAUGAGGUGGGUCACCUGUAAUGUUAACCUAUGUUCACCUAUAAACCUACAGCUUAUACUGUUAUAUAUCACGCUGAUUAUUUGUGAAGAAGAAGUGAGGCAGGUUUUGACAGGAACUACUUUCUGUAUUUCACAGGUUGUUGACAAUCCAUUCGCACGUGGAUUUAUCCCAACUGAAAACACGUACACAGUCCGUGACAUCAGACCCGAGCUCUUCCAGACGUCCAAAGAUGGAAGCCACUCUGACCUCUUUGAGCUCGUGCUCUCCGCCUUGGAACAAACCGACUACUGCGACUUUGAGGUCAGCAAACAAGCUUUUAGUUUUAUACAUAAUCUAUAGUGUUCAACAACAUAGACCCUUUUAGACACACAAUGUAGACCCUUUUAGGCAAAAGUAAAUCUGUUUGUGUGACUUUUCAAAGUUGACUUAUUCAAGACCUCCGCAUUGUUGAUUAAAAUAGGUUCAGAGAUUCCCAUUUAACAUAUUAACUAGUUACCAAACACAAAUAUUCACCAACUACACGUUAUACUGGAGCUCAUGUCAAUAUUUUUGUGAAUUUUAAAUAAACGCUUUGUACAUUUAGGUCCAAUUCGAGGUAAUGCACAAUGCUAUCCACUACUUGGUUGGAGGUCUGCAGACCUACUCCUUGUCUUCCCUGGAGUACUCCGCCUACGAUCCAAUCUUCUUCAUCCAUCACUCCUUCGUGGACAAGAUCUGGGUCGUGUGGCAAGAGCUUCAACAGAGAAGACACCUGCCCUCCAACACCGCCAACUGCGCCCUCAACCACUUGGCUGAGCCCAUGAAGCCCUUCAACCUUGACCUCAACAUCAACGCUUUCACAAAGUGAGUACUUUAUUAAAAUGAUUCGUAAGAACAAGAUGAAAACGAUUAUGUUCAUUUUUAAAAUAAGCGAAUCAAAGAUUCAAUCCUGAGAAUUAAUGCCUGUUUGCUUCAGUGUGAACAUCUUCAAUGAAAGUCAGAGUCAAACUUAUUCUCAAAUUGUUUUACUUUAAAUUGCUUUACACAAGUUGGGGAAAUACUUUAUUUUUAAAUUUAUAUUUUAUAUAUACAGUUGAUGUUUUAAUUUGUAAAAAUAUCCACCAAAUUAAUAACAAAAACAAACCAAUUUCAUUUCAAUUUUGUAUGAUAAUUAAAUGCAUCAUUUCAUGUCAUGAGUACUUGACUAACCUUUUCUCUGUGUAAUUGAAAGCAAACAUUCCAUUUGUUAAAUGAAAAAAUUGUUUCUUAGGAAACACGCAGUUCCCAGAGACGUGUUCAACCACGAGGAGCUCGGCUACCAUUACGACAACUUGAACAUCGGCGGCUACAAUCUGGACCAACUCGAGCAGCUCAUCGCCCAGCACCAGAGCCGCCCCAGAGUGUUUGCCGGGUUCCUGCUCAAGGGAAUUAAGACUUCCGGAUCUGUUGUAUUGAACGUUUGCAAGGUUGGUAAAAAGAAAACUCUCUGACUGUUCGUAAAGAAUUAAAUAUAAAUAUUUUUUAGGAUUCAGUAAAUGUCAUUUAAUGUGUUUUACAAGAUAAAUUAUAUGCAUCAUAUUAAUCCUUUACCUGCCAGGGCUCUCAAUGCACAUACGCCGGACGCUUUAACCUACUUGGUGGACCCUCUGAGAUGCCGUGGGCUUUUGACCGUCUCUACAAGAAAGACAUCACCUGGGCUCUGGAGGCUGCCGACAUCAAGCCCGAAAGCGUGUUCGAUGCCGACUCACUCUUCACCUUGGAUGUCAAGGUCUUUGAUGUUGAAGGUCACGCUAUCAAUGUCAAAUCGGUCUUUCCAACUCCAAGCAUCAUAUACGACCCAGCUAAAGGUAGACUCUAAAUAUUCAUAACAUACUUAUGAGUUAUAUAUGUGUGAACUAUAUUUACAAACAUUGUUUUUCUACAAUACGAGGUAUUUAAAAGCUACAAAAAAACUCUGACUUGUUAAUGAGAAUACAAAACAUAUCAGCAAGCUCAAUUGUUACAUAAUUUUACAUAUUCACCCGAUAGGACGUUUGGGGAUUUAUUUCCAUCCAAACGUUUCACAUUCAUCCUGUAUCAUUACCAAAACACAGUUUGAUAAGCAGGGUAGACAAAAUCUAUUUAAACAUGAUUAACAUUUCCAUUUAUUUGGAUCAAUAAAUCUGUCUUAGAUAAUAUUAUUUGGAAAAAAACAACUUAGCUUGUAAAUAAAAAUUAAUAAACAUUUUGAUAUUUUUAUGCCUUCAUGAGUAAUUUUCAAAACUUUUUCAAUUUUUUUCAAAACCUGACAUCACUGGUUUUUCCCUUGAACCCUUCUUAAAAUCCUUUAAAUCAACUUCGCUCUUGUUUGUGGCUGACUGACAAAAUGUUCCGACGGCUAACUGACCCACUUCCCGUCAACAUAUCUAGCUGAAACCUGGCACAUGGACUUGUUUCCGAUGAUAGCGUAUAGUAUAUAUAGUUUUCAGCUCCAUACCCUAAACUCAGCAGCCAAAUAUCAGAUUCUUCUGUUUUUUAAGGGAAAGAUUAAGGAAAUAUGAUGUCAAUGAUUUCAUGAAAAAAUCUUGAUAACUUUGCUAAAUAAGAUUCUAUAUAAAAUUAUUGCAAGUGCAUAAUAUUUCCUUUUUUUCUCUUAAUUAAAGUAAGUGAAAUAAACCUGCGCUGUGAAAGUGAGUGGGAAAUUUAAACAUUAAUAUGGUUUAGAGGUUUAAAACCAAUAUGCGUUUGCGAGCCUUGAGGGGGAGCACUAAUUCGGAUUCUUAUAAAGGCAUUACUUGUAUGCAUGUUUUGCCAAAAUUUCAGCCCACCGCCCCACUGCUCGAUAUUACAUUUUAUAAAGGAUUUAAACUAAACCCUUUGUUUUUAGCGGCUGUUUAAUUGACAUGUCUUUAAUUUCUAACAAACUAUUUUUAAAUCUUUGAAAAUAAGAAAAUUUUGCAGACAGUGGCUCAGUAAAAGAAAAAAAAGGGUUAUUUUUUUUGUGUUAGGUGUUGCCAACGUUGACAUCACAAGUGCUGUUGCUGGCGUUGGUGUCCGUAAAGACGUCUCAUCCCUCACCGCGUCUGAAACCGAGAGCCUCCGCAACGCCCUCCGUAAAGUCCAAGAGGAUGAAGGACCUAACGGCUUCCAGGUAUGAAUGAGCACCUCAUCAAAAUAAAUACAAAUAAUUAAAUCAUAUGUGCACUCACCUUGUCGCAAUCAAGUACACAACAAUUUUAUUACCGGUAUUAGUUAUGUUUAUUAAUUAUGAUUGAUAGUUUAUAUCUAAAAAUCAUCAAAAAUUUACUUUAAUGACACUUUGAAAACCAAAAAAUAGUUAAUUAAAAAACAAGUUACAAAUUGUUUAACGAGAUGAUCAUUUAGACUUGCAAUUUCUUCAUCUCUUAUCCAGAACAUCGCCAGCUUCCACGGCAGCCUGGCCAAAUGUGAAUAUCAAGGUCAUCCCAUCGCUUGCUGUCUCCACGGCAUGGCCAACUUCCCUCAGUGGCACAGACUGUACGUCAAACAGUGGGAGGACGCUUUGACUUCUCAGGUAACUGUUUAUAUUAUCUAUCUUUACAUAGUCAACCAGCGAAUAUUCAUAUUAUGAGCCAAUCUUUAAAUGAAACAGCAUUGACUACUGGAAAGAAUUCAAGACAUUAAAAAAUAAAUAAAGGUUUAAAUCACUAAUGUUCAUUGGAAAAAAUACUUAAUUUGCGCUGCAAAAUAUUCAUAAUCAUCUUUAUUUUAUUUUUUUUUCAAAAUAUACAUUUAUUUCACUAUAUUUGCAAAAAAUAAAAAUUCCUACAAAUUUCAUAACAUGUUUAAAUUUUGAAAAAAAUGACACACAUGCACAACUUAUGAAUUCAUUGGAGUGUAAACAUGUAACCUGACCGUUUCAUUUCCUCAGGGCUCCAAGGUCGGCAUUCCCUACUGGGACUGGACCACAGCGUUCACCGCUCUCCCCACCCUCGUCACAGAGGAGACCAACAACCCAUUCCACCACGGAAAGAUCUACAACGGCGAGAUCACCACCAGGGCACCACGUGACCAACUCUUCAACGACCCAGAGUUUGGAUCCGAGUCCUUCUUCUACAGACAGGCGCUCUUUACCUUCGAGCAGACCGACUACUGCGACUUUGAGGUAUGGCAAUUAUUGAGAAGGAAUAUAAAAACGAGACAUAGUAUCUUCUUAUAUUUUAAAUUAAAAUCAUUGCUAAAAUUUCUUUAAAAAAUGGCGUGGAUAUAUUAUAGUGUUAUUUGAAUCAGAAUUAAUCUAUAAAAUUGUUUGUUUGGGUAGAUAAUAUAUGGUUUAGAAAUUAAAUUUUUUGUUUCCUCCAAAUUAUUGUCAAUUUCUUUUAAGAAAAUUUUAAAUUAAGGUCAUGCAUAUCCCCGCAGGUUCAAUUUGAAAUUACCCACAAUGCCAUCCACUCCUGGACCGGAGGCAGCUCUCAGUACGGCAUGUCCUCUCUAGAGUACACCGCCUACGACCCUCUCUUCCUCCUGCACCAUUCCAACGUUGACCGUCAGUUUGCCAUCUGGCAAGCCCUUCAGAAGUUCAGAGGCCUUCCUUACAACAGCGCCAACUGUGCCAUCCAGCACCUCCGUCAACCCAUGAGGCCAUUCAGUGAUGAGAACAACCUCAACGCCAUCACUAGGGCAAACUCACGUGCGAUUGACGCCUUUGAUUACGACAGGUGUGUUAACGUUUAAUCAACCAUAGUUUAUGAUACCGUUAGGUGCCAUUUAGAUGUGCUUAAGUCUUAUUUCUCUUGAUUGCGACUGAUGUAUUUAGGUCUAAUUGCUUUUGAUUGCGGCUGGUGUUUUUAAGUUUAAACUUAAUUAAAUUUUUUAGUUCACAACCAUCAAGUGCUCAGACCAUUAAUGUUUUCCAACAUUUCUCAGCUCUCACAAUACCUUCUCAUGCCACUCUUAUCGCUUGUCCAGCAAGUUUUCUCAAAACUCCAACGUCUGUUUCCUUUUCUAAAACUAUUAAGGAGAUGCCGCCUGAAAUAUUUAACCUUCUAUCUGCUGUCUCUUCAGACUCAACUACCAAUACGACAACCUCAACUUCCACGGCCUGACCAUCUCUCAACUCAACGACUUGCUAGAGAAGCGCAAGGAAGAAGACCGCAUCUUCGCCGAAUUCCUUCUCCGUGGAUUCAGCGCAAGUGCUGAUGUCAUUUUCAAACUGUGCGACGAGAAAGGACAUUGCGAAUUCGCUGGUAAGUUAGUUAUAGUGUUAUGAAAACAUUUCAGUUCCAUGAAUUGGUUCAGUGAGUUCAAAUAACAUUAACACAGCUUUAAAGUAUUGACAAAGUCUUACCUAAAAAUGAAUUCAUCCGUACUGCCCCACAGGUAAAAUCAAUGUCAACAUGUUCCAACACAUUGAACUACUGGGUACUUCUAUUGAUCCAAUGAUUUAAGUAUAAGAAACCUGAUUUUUGGAGAUAAAGUUAACAAUUAUAGUAAAGAAACAAUUCAAAAGACAGUACUCCUUUCAAGUGUUGGCUUUAAAUUUCUGAAACAAUAUAUCCCAACAUUGGUUUGCUUUUAUUUUUCUUUCAGGCACAUUCGCUGUUUUGGGCGGACUACUUGAAAUGCCAUGGGCCUUUGACCGUCUCUUCAAGUAUGACGUCACAAACGUCUUCAAUAAGCUGAACCUCAGAACCGACUCCGAUUAUCACUUUGAUGUUGAAAUUAAAGCCAUCAACGGAACCGUCUUGGACAGCAAUCUGAUUAGAUCUCCUAGUGUGCAGUUUGUCCCCGGAGUCAAGAGUAAGAACGCUUUAGCCUAACUACACUCAUUUUAAUGACGUCAUUUCAUCUGAAGCCCUUCUUUACGUGGCUGUCCAUAAUUUACUGUACAACAUGUUUGGGGAAGAUAUUUGAAGAAAAAACACCACUGUUUAUUAUAUUAAACUUAUUUUAUCUCAACUGUCUAACCAAUGUUUAAUGCCUACUUGUCUAUACAAGACAUUCACAAAUGUUUAAUGGCUAUUUGUCUAUCCAAGACAUUCACAAAUGUUUAAUGCCUACUUGUCUAUCCCAGACAUUCACAAAUGUUUAAUGCCUACUUGUCUAUCCAACACAUUCACAAAUGUUUAAUGCCUACUUGUCUAUCCAAAGCAUUCAUAAAUCUUUAAUGCCUACUCCAGGAUUCUACGAGAAGGUGGCAGAGAAAACCGUCGUACGUGACGAUAAGCUGGUCAGAAAGAACGUUAACCAGCUGACCUUGGACGAGGCAGCCAACCUGAGAAACGCACUGAACCAACUCCAAAAUGACCAGGGCCCCAACGGCUUCGAGGCCAUCGCUGGAUUCCACGGUGCCCCCUUCAGGUGCCCAGCCACCGGCGAUGACAAAUAUGCUUGCUGUGUGCACGGUGAGUCCAAUGAAUAUGUUCAUAACGUAAGCUGUAGAGAUACGUGCAUGGUGAGUCCAAUGGACAUGUUAAUAACGUAGAGAUACAUUAAGAUUUGAUUUUCCUUCGAAAUCAAUUGAAUUAAUUUUGUGACGAUUUGAAGUUAUAGGAAAAUGAAUUUAGAAUUCCUAUGACUGUUUUGUUCCCAAUCACCACACAGGUAUGCCCGUAUUUCCCCAUUGGCAUCGUCUCUUCACCGUCCAGAUUGAGCAGGCCCUCAAGAGCAACGGAGCCCUCAUCGGCGUGCCAUACUGGGACUGGACCACUCCGGUCAAAUCUCUGCCCUCAUUCUUUGGAGAUGACGCCGACCACAAUCCAUUCGCUUCAUUCAGAAUCGCAGCCGCUAAUGAGGUAAGUUACUUUCAUAUUAUUGGCAAUAUUAAAUCGACUUGGAAAAAAAAAAAUUUUUAAAAAUACAUUCAUUCUUACAUUCGAUUAAAAAUAUAAGUUAAAAAACGUGAAAAAAUUGUUACAUCUUAAAACUAUUUUAAUUAAAACUCAAUUUUUCUAAUCUUUAGGAUUUGAAAAAAAAAAUUUGAUUAGAGGCCUAAAUUCUUAUUAAAUAGCUAAAACAAUGCUUUAAAUUCAAAUUUACUAGCUUUUGAAUUAUUUUUUUUUUAAAUUCAGAAAACCACCCGCCAAGUCCAAUCUGAGCUGUACAGCGAACGUAAAGUACAUGGCUUCCCCUACCUGUUCUACCUGGCAUUGACCACUCUAGAGGAAGACAAUUACUGUGACUUCGAGGUCCAGUUUGAGGUCCUCCACAACGAGAUCCAUGCCGACAUCGGCGGCUCAGGCACCUACUCCAUGGCCACACUGGACUACUCUGCCUUCGAUCCAUUCUUCAUGAUCCACCACUCCAGCAUUGACAGGAUCUGGGUCAUCUGGCAGGUAUGUCAUUGAACAUCUGGGUCAUCUGGCAGGUAUGUCAUUGAACACCUGGGUCGUCUGACAGGUAUGUCAUUGAACAUCUGGGUCAUCAGGCAGGUAUGUCAUAGAACUUCUGAGUCAGCCUGCAGGAAUGAUUUGACGAGAACCACGUCAUGUUGGCAUUAGUCAGUGAAUACUACUGUAAGGUAAAAACAUUCCCUUGGGCGGCGUAACGAAAUAGUUUUUAUCAAUCCUGCACAAGAUUAACCAUCGAAGAUAACAUGGCCACUAUAAUUUUACAAAUUGCGUUGAAUAUAAGUUAAAUAAUUUUAAAAAAGGGUAAAAUCUCAUACAAUUGAAAUAGUGUUAAUGAAUAAAAUCGAUCCUUUUUUCAUUCAGGAACUUCAAAAACUCCGCCACAAGCCCUUCAAUGGUGCCAGCUGUGCCGGACACAUCAUGGAGAGACCACUGCAACCCUUCAGCUACCCCGAGGUCAACAAGAACGAGUUCACCCGCCUCAACUCUGUGCCCAAUGUCGUGUUCGACUCUGAACGUCUCGGGUACAAGGUAAGUUGAACGAAGUGUCACACCACUUGUGACUCUUAACACUUGUUCUAGAUCUACUUUCAAAGGCUCAUAACAAUUUCAUGGGCCAGUUUUCUCUUGGGGAAGACUAUAAUUUCAAUGGGAAUAUUACUUUCAAUCCAAUAUAAUGAUACAAGUUUGGGUAGGACAAAAUUGAAUAUGUUAAUUUUUUUUUUUAAAAACUAUGUUAGGGAUGUAUUAACAAGUAGUUAAAAGGACUCUUGACCGGUGUAGGAAUGUGUAGGCAUGCCUUUAAAAGGACUCUCGAUAAACAGAACAUAACAUUUUGUAAACUUCACGUUGUCAUCAAUACCGAAAUUAAUAUUUUGUAAACUUCACGUUGUCAUCAAUACCAAAAGUAAUAUUUUGUAAAAUUCACCUUGUCAUCAAUGCUGAAAGUAACAUUUUGUAAACUUCCCGUUGUCAUCAAUGCUGAAAGUAAUAUUUUGUAAAAUUCACGUUGUCAUCAAUACCGAAAGUAAUAUUUUGUAAAUUUCACUUUGUCAUUAAUACUGAAAGUAAUAGUUUGUUAAAGAAAAUGUUAUGGUCAUCAGUUUUUUUUUUAAAAAUUCUUCCGGGACACUGAAUUCGCUAAAGCCCAUCAGGAUGCUCUUUAGUUCUUUGAUUUUCUAUAAGAUUUGUUUUAUUUCCUUGUGUGUACUCCUAUCACAGUUUUUGUUAUAUACUUAUUUCAGUAUGACAAGCUUGAACUUAACGGCAACAGCGUAGAAGAGAUCAACAACAUCAUCAAAAAUCUCCACCACCAGGAGCGAAUCUUCGUCGGAAUCCUCGCCUUCGGUCACCAGAAGAGUCUCACAAUCCACGUCAGUGUCCUUUUCAGUUAAAAUUAAUACUUAGUACCGAAAAUAUAAUUUCUAUACGAGUAAUUCGUCAUGUUUUAGUAACCAGAGAAAUGGUUACCACAAGUUACUUUAACGCAAAGUUUGUUAUUUUUUUCUGUUAAAUGUUGUAAGAUAUUAAAUGCAUUUGUCUUUUCUGUUGUCAUCAACUAUCAUCAUUGUCAUCGCACGAUAACAUGACAUAUUUUAUUGGACAGAUUUCUCUUAUUAACGAUAACGAUGAAGCUUUUGAUGGUGGAAAUAUCCACAUUCUUGGCGGUGAGAAGGAGAUGCCAUGGGCUUACGAGAGGAUCAUGAAGCUCGACGUCACAGAGGCCAUCCGCAAGGGCAAAAUCUCUACUGACCAUGCCGUUAAGGUUAGCUACACAUUUGUUUCCCUGUACCAGCAAUUAUUUAAACUUUAAAAUACAUUAUUAUUUUUCGCUCUUUGAACGCGAAGAUGACCAAGGAAAUAUUUGACUUGAGUUGUAGCCAUCACUUGAGCUGUAUUUGUUUAAAGUGUUGGGAGUUGCUCAAUUCGUCAGCCUCACACUCUCGUCCUUUCCUAUUUGAUCCAAUGGCAAGAAUUAGUCAAGAUGACUGAAGACUGGUCAGGAUCAUUCAUAGUUCUUAUGAAGAAAUGACAUGCAUGGAGGCACACGAAGGAAGAUUCGCAGAUUUAUUUAAAGUGGAACCAUGAGUCAGACAAUUAUAUCCGUUGUCCCCCUUCUUUUCAUCCGUGCCAUUUAGUCGAUAGUGAAAAAAUAAGAAUGGGAUACAGUGGACACCCUGGGAACAGCUGAAUGGCCCAAAAGACAUUGCGCCAUAACCAAAUGAAAAGAAGCAAGACAAAGGUCAUGAGUACAAAGGAAAGGAUAACAUAUAUCCUGGUAGGAAAAGCACUUUAAUAGUUGGCGGCCGUCACAAACGUGGGCAGCACCAUUGUCAUAAAUGGUAGAUCUGAAACUGUUGUCAGGGCUAGAAUUGUAAAGGCUAGGUCGACAUUCGUGCUAUUAAAGAAAAUAUCAGAGUCUGAGAAUCUGACUCAGCAAACUAAAGUAAGAAUUUACAACACAAAAUGUCAAGGAGUCCUCUGAAACUUGGAGAACAAAAGCGAGCAUCACGCAGAAAGUAAUGUCCUUCAAAAUCACUUGCCUUAGAUCAUGAACCUAAAAUGGCCAAACCUCAUCACCAACAAAAACUAACUGAAAAUGAAAUACUAAGAGUCUAUUGUUACAGAGAUCACAAGGAAAAGAUGGUGGAUGGGGCACACACUUCGUAAGCUCCAAUAUAACAUCACAAUACCCAACAUGAAAUCCCAAGAGAGAAGGAUGAGCGAGGAAGCAAAAGAAUACAUGAAGACGUGCGCUAGAGGCAGACACACAAAGUAUGGGAUACACUUGGAAGAAUAUAAAGAGGAAAGCACAGAACAUGGAUGAAUGGAAAAUUCUUGUAGACCGCCUGUGCCCCAGAUGGGCCAAAAGGCGUUGGAAAGUGAGUAAGUAAUAUCUUAGCUUUAAGAUCGGUUGACCAUAACCAAAUGUUUAAAUUUAUCUGUACUCUCUGAACAACAGGCAAGAUUCACCUCCACUGAUUACCAGGGUAAUUUAAACCACCAAGACACUGAUUAUGCCAUCAUUGUUGAGAGGCAUGCUGAGCAGGACUACGAUGUUGUCGAGAUUCCAGUCGGCAGAAAGUAUCCUUUACCACCUAAGGUAAAGCUUGAAUCUGAAAGGUUAAAGUAUUUGUCAUGGCUUGAACGAACUUCGAUAAAAUGAUAAUGAAGAUUCAAUUGAGAAGGCUUGUGGUCCCGAUCAUUUUCCAAAGUCACAUAAAUAUUUCCUCAUUAAAUUUUGAUCCUGCUAAUUUAAACCGUUUAGUCACGAUAGUUUCUAGUUUAUUCUUUAAACUCCAAUGCUUAUAUUUAAUCACGGCGAGUGGACAUGUCAAAGUAAGGGCUGACAGCUCAGAGUAUGAGAGUACUGUGCUCAUGCUGAGACAUCUUGUAGUAGAUGAUAAACUAAAAUAUUUGAACCUUUAUUAUAUUUCCAUUGACUAUUUUGAAGGUCUUUUCACUCAAGUAAUCUAGCUUUUUUUAAAAAAAAAAAUCAUUUUUAAAACAUGUUAAAUAAUUUUAUACUUAUCUGACAGUUUAGUAACAGACAAAAAUAAAAUGCAUUUAAAAAUGAUAAUAAUGUUUAACACAUAAUUCCAUCAAAUGACAGAUUGUCUUGAAGAAGGGAUCCCGUGUCAAGUUUUACCCUGGCAGCGACACCUUCAACUCACCCCUCGAGAACCUCGGCAGCUACACUUCUUUCAGCAAGUGCUCCAUCCCACCGUUCUCCUACCAGAGCUACGCCCUUGGUGUCGUGCACACCCUGCAGCCAGGUGACUACUUCUUCGUGCCCAAGGACAAGGCCCUGUGUGAGGCUGGCAAGAGGAUCCAGAUCACCGUGGAAGAUGAGUAA